UUCACUCCCACAACAUGGACCCGGGCAGCGUCUGCUACAACGUGUACUUGUUGUUAACCACUGUCGCGAACAUUUGUAGAGGAAUUAUUGAGAGUAUAUUUUAGCUUUUCUCAUUGUAGGCAGUGAGCUAAUUUCCUGUGAGUCGUGGGCUAGCUAACGUUAGCUGCUUUAGUUGUUGCCUCCGUUUCCAGGCUAGCAUUAGCGUUAGCUCGUCCUGUAGGGCUCUGUGCUCAAAACAAAGGGGCUGGUCGGCUUUGGAACCGCACUUCGGACUACUAUGCGGGGUUUGUGAUAUUUGCGACGAGUUAUCUCCGGAUGAAGAACUAAAUCUGUGGUUUUACACGCUGCUGUGUGGGAGUCACGUUUCAAUGACACGGAAGAGAGGAAAGCUCGCUUAGCGUGGUUUUAUGCGCACCACGUGCAGCUCAGCCCUCCUCAGUCUGGAUCAGUGAUGGGCGGCAGCGCUGCUCAGACACUCAGGGCGAAGCUAACUUCUCACAAGACUACAAGCUUCAGAAGAGUUGUUAAAGCCCCUUUUAGAGUUACACCACGACUGGGGGCCAAGCAGGAGGAAACAUUUUGGGAACCAGAAGUUAGGGGACAAUGCGGGUCCACGUGCACACCAAGUUCUGUUUCCUGUGUGUGCUCACCUUCCUCUUCCAUCAGUGCAACCACUGCCAUGGAGACGGACACAGCCAUCAGCAUGGUGGUCAUCACCAUGGGGACCACAACCACGCCCACAGCGACCUGCAGAUUUCUGAGGCUCCAUAUGUUAGAGCAGCGACUGUGUCCCCAGUGUCCAGUAGUCCUCAAGGGGACGCCCUAGAGGAGGAGCAGCGCUUUUUCAUCCAGCAGUUGUUCAGGCGCUAUGGCCAGAAGGACCGCUUAGAUUUCCAGGGAUUUCAGAGUCUCCUGUUUAGCUUGGGUUUGGGAGAAGUGAAGAUGGUGGGUGUGGAUCAUGAGGAUCUGGGCCAUGACCAUGUAGCCCACCUCGACAUUCUGGAUUUGCAGGAGGGGCUACAUACACAUUCAUCCACCAAUGAAGACCGUAGCCAUGGCCACCGGCACAGCCAUGGUCAUUCACACCACAAACCAGGCUCCCACCAUACACACACAACACAAGUUCCCACAAAGUGCAGCCAGACUACUGCUGCCAGUCCAGGUGCUGGUGCACCCACAAAACAUGAUCACAACCAUGAUCACAACCAUGCUCAUCACCAUGACCAUGGACAUAAUCAUGACCACACUAAAGUGGAGGAUAGCGACCAUCACAAACAUUCUGAUGGACAUGUGCAGGAUGUUCAUGACCACAGUGAUCACAACAAUAGUGAUCAUGAACAUCACCACAAUGAUAUUCAUGAGGUGCACACAAGCACAGGCAUCACUUCCGUCAACAAGGAGGAGCAACCCUCUGGUCAUCUAGAGCCGUCCCAAGUACCUCAGGUCCUGCAGUCCUCUCCUGCCCCAACACAGAGCCAACCCGAGAAGCCCAGGAAGCCUACAAGAGGCAAAGGACAGCGAGGUCGAAAAAAACCUUCUCCUUCUCUCACACCUCCAUCUAAUGGCCACGAGCAUGAACACGAUCACGAACACGGACAUGAUCACGGACAUGAUCACGAACACGGACACGAUCACGGACAUGAACAUGAACACAAUCAUGAUUCCAAUCACAAACAUGAUCAUGGCCAUUUUCAUAAAGACAAGAGAGAAGCACCAGUAGAACAUGCCGCACCCACUUUGCCUGUGCUGUCUGAACAUCCAAGGGGAUUGUCACAUCAGCAUGAGGAGUGUUUGAACCUCACUCAGCUCCUCACCUACUAUGGCCUGAAUCCUGAGUCACUCAUCUCCCCAAGGCAGUUCACCUAUCUGUGUCCUGCCUUGCUCUACCAAAUAGAUAGUCGCGUCUGCAUCCGCCAUUACCAUCAGAUGGAAGUGGAGCAGGAAGCCUUGGAGCCUGUCAGCUCUGUGUGGGUCUGGAUCUGGGGCUUUGUGUCCAUCACCAUCAUCAGCCUGCUGUCCCUGCUGGGUGUCGUACUGGUGCCAAUCCUCAACCAAUCCUGCUUUAAGUUCCUGCUCACCUUCCUGGUUGCGCUGGCAGUGGGCACGCUCAGUGGUGACGCUCUCCUUCACCUGCUGCCACAUUCACAAGGGCAGCACGACCACAGCGAACAAGGGACCAGCCACAACACAGAUCUGGCAACAGAAUUUGAUGGGGUGUGGAAGGGGCUAACAGCGUUGGCUGGCAUCUAUCUCCUCUUCAUCAUUGAACACUGCAUCGGCAUGUUUAAGCACUACAAAGACCAAAGGGGCAUGAAGAAGGUGAAUGAGGAGGGCAAGAUCGGCAGGAAGUUGUCAGAUCACAUGUUAAAUCGACGCUCAGAUGCAGAGUGGCUGCACCUGAAGCCACUCACUGAAGAUCCUGACAGCACAGCCAUCUCCUGCGACAAUGGUCACAAUGACACACAGCUCACAGAGCUCCAGACACCAGACUCUCCCACUACCAAGACACCGCUGGCACCCACAAACCCCCAACAAGACCAACAGUCACCCACCAGGGAGAAUGGUCGCAAAGCUAAGCAGCACGGUCAUGGACACAGACACUCGCACGGACACGGUCACUCUCAUGGAGGAAACUGCCACUCAGACCAGGAGAUGAAGGAUGCAGGCAUAGCCAGCAUUGCCUGGAUGGUCAUCAUGGGAGACGGCAUGCAUAACUUCAGUGACGGCCUCGCCAUAGGCGCAGCAUUCAGUGCAAACAUGACAGGUGGCAUCAGUACAUCAGUGGCUGUUUUCUGCCACGAAUUACCUCAUGAACUUGGUGACUUUGCAGUGCUGCUGAAAGCCGGGAUGUCGGUGAAGCAGGCCAUCGUCUACAAUCUGCUGUCCGCCCUCAUGGCCUACGUUGGCAUGGUGAUUGGCACAGCUGUGGGCCAGUACACGCACAAUGUCACCAGCUGGAUCUUCGCCAUCACAGCUGGCAUGUUCCUUUAUGUGGCUCUGGUGGAUAUGCUGCCAGAAAUGCUACAUGGGGACAGCGAGGACCACAAGCGCUGCCAGCUGGGACACUUUAUCCUGCAGAACCUGGGCAUGCUGACCGGGUUCGGCAUCAUGCUGCUCAUCGCCAUCUUCGAAGACCGCAUUGUUUUCAAUUUUGACUUUUAGUAGAGGAGGAGAGAGGAAGCGAGGGAGGGGAGAGCUGGAUGUAUCAGUGUUGUUCUUCUUGGCCUUAACAUGCUUUGUUUGCGAUGUAACGGGCCAGUCUUGCAUGCAAUGUGAGUCUCGUUCAUGGCCCGUGCCUCCAUUCCAAAACAUGCAGCAGUAGCUUAUGCAUAUCCCAUGAUUCUGCUAGCGAUGUUUACACUCUGCUCCUCCAUCGCCUCUCCUCUGUCAGCUCCAAUCUGUCUGCUCCCUGGGAAGCAAAAGAGGCUGAAUGACAGAAGAGCAAAAGGCUGUGGCCCAAAGCAGGAAGCACCUCCUCUCCUCUGAAACUCCACCUUAAAAAAAGAGCUGUAGAUAGCAAGGCGGUGCAGGGUGUGUGUUCCUGCAGAGAGGCAGCUAUCACGGCCCAGCAGCUCGCCGCCUAUCCAUCAUCACCUGUUGUUAAUGUGUUGUCGUCGUCCUCCCCCUUCCUCGUCUCUCAUCCGCUCUGUACUGUGUCUCCUCAUCCAUACCGCGUACAUCUGUGGUGUGUGUUCCACCUGCCAUCCAUCACCGCCCUUUGAUGUCAUCAGGCUGUGUAUCAAACGUCUCUGUGCCAAGCCCCGGCCACUGGAGCAGCUCCAUAGCUACACCACACACCGUCACAGUGUCCUUAAAGAGAUGUUAGCUGCUACAUCUGGAAUACACUCUUUAACUCGUGUUGCUUCACCUGCAGAAUAUUAACGGCCUCUAAGCUGCAGUGUCAAAAUAGAAAAGUGUUCCCCCAACUGUUUGUAGUAAAUUUCCUGAAUGGCCCAUUUUUUUUUCUGUAGUUUUCUGCAGUUAUUCCUUCGAAGUUAUGUUUUAUCAUCUAAUCACAGCUUUUGGUACCUGCAUAGUGGUAACUGCUGCUGACAAAGCUGCCAAAGUCUUUACAAAUCAGCAUUUACAGUAAUCAGUGUUUUGUUUUGUUGGUUUAGUAAAUGAACAUAACAAAUGUCUGACCAAUUUCUUAUUUUUUUGUAAAGGGUUUGACAAUCUGUAGCCAAAUGAGACAUAUUCCUGUUAGGCCUUUUUAUUUUGCUUUUCUUUGUGAACUUCAAAAUGUGAACUAGUUCUACUUGUCAUCAAAAGUGUUGUAGUUUACUAGAUUUCCAGAGGGUGCCUCUUUGAGUUCCUAAAAGGUGCUUUUCCAACCGGACCCCUUGCAAUGGACAUUUAAUUACAGUAGAAUGUUCAGUGGUCACAGUUAGUGCAGAUUUCUUUUUUAUAUAAAGUCUGUGUAGUGUCAGUAGUUAUUGAAAUAACACAUUAUUUUUCCUGCUAAUUGUUUUUAUAGUACAUUUGUCAAAGAAUGAAUUCACUUCUUGACAAUCGGAGACAGACUAAGCAAAAUCAGUCCACUUAAUGUCCCAGCAGAACUAUAAACUGUCUGCUUUCUAAAGCUCCCUUAGCAUAAUUAGCAAAACAUCGGACAAAGAUUAUUUUUUGUGAAUAGGUUUUACAGGCAUUCCUAUGUCUUUCUGGGGGUGUAUAUUAGAGUCACUCUGUUGACUGGUUUUACAGUGGCUGGUGCUUGACACCACCCCUCCUCCUCCCCUCUCGCCCCCACCCCGACAUUCCAUUGGCUGUUUUGCGGCACACAUGCUAAGCUACCUUACCUAGCUUCAGCUGCUAGAGCACACCAAAUAAAGUGUGCCUUCAUUUAUCCAGUCACUGUGUGACAUCCAUCGUCUGUCUUAACUGGCUGUGAACCAUCGUCAGUCAACUCGUCAUUGAUCUGACUGAAUCAUGCAUGAAGCAUGAGUAAAACGGUACAGACAUCGUGUUGAGUGUAAAGUUUUUUUCAUUCUUUGUACUGCAAAGUUAAACUAUUGAUGACCUUUGUUACUUUUUAAAUUAACUGUGUGAAGAUUGCAGGAAGUUCUUUGGGGUGUAGUGUAACUGGUUCGAGCCUUUAAGGCAAAUUAUGCUGAUGUGAGAGAGCACAACUUGUCGUCUGUAUGCUGUAUCUUUUUGCAGACAUUUUAUUUUUCCAUCUUAGGUUCAUUUUUAAUGCUAGCGCACCGGGACCUGAAUGUAUUUUUCCAUCAAAUGAAGCUCAUCAUUUGUCCUCCUUUAAAUAUGAAUACACAUUUAUUCAGUCGUUUCAUACAAUAUAAAUACUGAAUGUUUAAAAUAAUUUUUUUGGAAUCAUGUCUCCUGCAUUACUUGUUUAACUGAAAUCCAAACUGCCCUGUUGAGUGUUCAGUAAGAGUUAAUGACACUUCUGACACUAUGCCCCAAAGACAAACUUUCCUCACCGUUUAUUGGGCAAAAACAGCCCAUGAUCAUUUUUGCUUUGUCAUCUGUGUAUUUGUUUAGUAAUCUGGAUAUAAAAUUCAAAAUGUGACAUCCUUGCUGUUUGCCUGUCUGUGCAUUCUCUCCAUUAUGGAAGGAAAAUAAACUCUGAAAAGAU